AUGGCACGACCUGGGCGACAUCUGCCUGUCACUUCAAGCCCACCAUCCUCCUUGAGGAUUCCAGAGGCUUUCACAGCGCGCAAACGAAAGAUUUUAUCCGAGCUGCAACAGCCCGACGACGAAUACACCGACAAAUCACCCAAAGGCAAUGUCGACGUUCAGAUCCGGGAUCUGAUUGACGAGAUUAAUGGGAUUGAGGGCUAUGUCACGACGAGCAGCUGUGCUGGUCGCGUUGCCGUGUUUGUCGAAGGUGGCGAUAGUGGGAACUCUGCCGCAGAGCGUACUGCCGACCUAAUUGCCAAUGUCGAUGUCGAAGCGAGUGAUGACGCUAGAGACGUGGAAACUUCAGUUCCUUUGACUCGAACCUCUCCCGGUGGCAAGGGAGGCGGGCAUUGGCUUUAUGUGUCCCAUGAUCCGAUUCCAGACGUCACACGUGAUGGUUCGAAUGUGGACCGACAAGUGACUAGAAAUGAAAAGCGAGAGGAAGAACGUUUUACGCAACUAUUUGGACUCUCUUCAUCAUCGCCUACGGCGUCUCAAGAGGACUUUGAUCUUUCCAAGACGGAAACCAAAGUCGAACCUCCGAGUAGACUCCCACGCCUCGUGCAUCUCUCCUUCUCCCCACUCAUACUACACAUCCACUGCGCAACACUGCAGCAUGCACGCCCGCUCCUCGCCGCCGCUAUCAACGCCGGUUUCCGCGAGAGCGGAGUGCAAAGUCUUCGCGCGCUCGAUGAUUCAACUUCAGGCGUCAUGCUCGCGAUCCGGACGGCGGGCUUGGCUUUUGAGACCGUGGUCGGCACUAUGGAAGGGGACAACGAGUUGAAGAAGAUCGUGAACGAACAGUAUCUCGCUAUGUGUGCGAGAGUGGUCAAUGAGAGGUUCAGGUGGAAUGACGAAAGGAGGGAGAGGCUCAGGGUGGAGAUUCGACGGGUCCGAGAUCAGCUGCGGGAGGCGGCGGAGUGGGAAGAUGAAGAUGUGCGCAGGGCGAGGAAGAGGAGAGAGGGCCUCGAGAGGCAGCAGGAGCGAAAGAAUGUCAAGACAGGUGGGAGGAAAGAUGAGCCUCGUAAUCACGGGCAAGACGGGCUAGAAGACGGACUAGCCGGUCUUGAUAUUGGCUAG